GAGUUGCUGAUUUUGGAAACUUAACGGUAGCAAAUGCUCUUGCCGAUAACGGACGUAUUCAAAACCAUUGCAGCCAUCUUUCGUGUCUCAAAUGUUCCAUCGAGGAUGGAUGCAACGUAGCAGGGUAUUUUGCAUGGUCAUUGAUGGACAAUUACGAGUUUGGAAAUGGUUACACUCUCCGAUUUGGUAUGAAUUGG